AUGCCUUCACCUCCUAGUGACCAAUGUUUUGAAUAUGUGGCCUACUAUAUCUGGCUAAUUUCUCCUACUCGGAGCAGCACUGAAAUCACUCUUCCCAUCCUCCUCCACGACCUCCUCCACGACCUCCCCAACCCCCACCUCGACCUCCCCACCCUCCACCGCGACCUCCCCAUCCUCCACCGCGACCUCCCCACCCUCCACCUCCACCCCAACCUCCGCCAGGAUGUCUAUCAUCGUCUCCACCUCCUUCUGCAGUGGCUUCCUCUCGUGCCACGACCUUGA